UGUGUUUUGUUUUGGAAAAUCAGUUUUCUCAGACGACCCGGCUACCUGAUUUGGUCAUUCUCUUGGCUUUGCAAAUCGAUCGUUGAUCCUUGUGUUCAUUCGCUCGUUCUCUCGCUCUUUCGUUCGUUUGUUCGUUUCUCUUCUCUUGCCUUGGAACAAAGGAUAGGAGCGGGGUCGAGUGCGGGUGAAUGCAAGCAGUGCUGCCUCGUGUUGGUUCUUCUCUCGUCCACCCUGCGCUUCUGUUCGUCCCCGCGUUUGCUGCAGCAGCGUCCAUCGCCACCACUCGAGACUCGUCUCUUACUACUCAUCGAGUCCGUCCAUCGCUCGCGGCUCGUUGCGCGUCCCAGCAGGGGGUCUGGUUUCACUCUGCCACUGCUGCCAAGAAGCAUCUUGGCGCUCCCAGCUCAACUUCAAGCUCAAGCACUGCCACGAGCCCCAGCUCUACCACUCCAACUGGGCCGAAUCGGACCCUGACCAAGACUAACAAGACUACUGCUCCAAGUCACCCAUCAUCACCACGGAGCACCCAUCUUGCGUCACCGCCACUUGGACCGCAACCAUCCACGCAGCCGCUCACGCCAACGCCAGCCACUUACUUUCGGAACGAAAACCGUGGCAUCAUGACUGCGCACAUUCAAGCACUUGGCGUCCGGCCCGAGCACUUGCACCCGAGCACGCUGCUCUUUUUCGACCGCGCGCGCUACAUGGUCAACUGUGGCGAAGGCCUGCAACGCUUUUGCGUCGAGCAUGGUGUGCGGGUCGCACGGCUCAAUGCACUGCUCUUUACGCGUCUCUCUUGGGAAGUUCUCGGAGGCCUGCCCGGAACGCUUCUCACGAUGGCAGACGCCUUUGUGCCGGGUGUGCACUUGUACGGCCCUCCGGGACUGUCCAACUUUGUCUUUGCCACACGAUCGUUCGUACGGCGAGACGGGUUUCAAGUUCGUGUCACAGAGGCGUCUCCCAGCAGCAUCAGCAGCAUCAUCAGCAGCAGCAGUGGGACCCAAGCGGCAGACAUUCCCGUUUUGGCAGAUGACUGUCUGAGCGUGUGGCCAAUUCUGCUCUGGCCCGAGGGCCACGAGGCGACCCAUGCUAGCCCCAUUCUUCCCCGUACCAUUGGUUUCCGGGGUCAAGGCAAAGACACCCCGCAUUGCGCCACUGGUACAUCUGGGUUUGUUGUGGACAGCAUCGAGGAAACUGCCACAACGGCGCCCUCCUUCAACACCAUUCCUGCUUCGUCUACUACCACUACUACGACUACUACUACAACACAGGCGGCCUCAGCGCAAGAAUCAAAACACCGUGACAAGCGAUCUCGGACAGACCCGGACCUGCCACCAACCGACGAGGGACAAGUCCGAGUUGUCAGCGCUCGAACACCGCCAUUCGACCCGGCAAUUCCAACCGCGUUGGAGCACGUCAGCCCACCCACUUCUCCACCGGUGGGUGCACCAGGCUUGUACUCGACGGCUUCUGUUUGCUACCUGAUCGAGACCAAAGCCCUGCCUGGCAAGUUUCAGCCCGCCAAAGCCAAGGAGCUGGGCGUGCCUCGCGGUCCACUCUUUAGUCGGCUGGUUGCGGGCGAGUCCAUUGUGCUGGAAAACGGAACCACCAUCCAUCCACACCAAUGUGUCAAUCCCCCAGUCUUGGGUCGCGUGGUGCUCGUUCUCGACUGUCCAACGGAACAGCACGUCCAAGAACUGCUUGCCAAGCGGCCCUUCAUUGAGCAGAUCACUGCACCUUCCAACAAGCUGGCGCAACUCGAUCAGGUCGUCCACAUGUCUCCACUCCCAGUUGUAGAGUCUGCACUUUACCGCCAGUUUGUCCAGUGGUUGGAAGGUCUUUCUGCACAACAGCAGCAACAACAACAGCAGCAGCAACAGCAACAGUCCGCUUCUUCUUCCUCUUCUUCUUCCGAAGAGGCGGCGGUGGGCUCUGCUUCACCCCACCAUGUCGUGUACAAUCAAGCUUGCGAGGGGCGACUUACCUUGCGUGCCUUCUGCCAACUCCAAGUGCGGCUCAACGCGCUGGAUCCGUUCGUCUUCCCCUUGCCUUUGCCACUGCCUCCAGUCAGGUCGGACAGCGUCGCAUUUGUGCCACCGGGAAACAUUGCCACUGCUGGCGCAACACGGGGCACAACCGCGCCAUGGCCUUUCGUCUUGGCUGAGCCACUGCAGAGUUACCAGCUUGUGCCGCAUCGCGCGGCUGGAUUUGAUCCCGCCUGCGCAGUGCCAUCCUCCUUGCUGCGCGACUUGGCACACGAGCAUUCCAGCACCCCAAUUCCGCCGGAUUGCGCACACGAACUGUCAGUCACGGCCGCCAAGCUCGCCGCAAUCAACCACAAGAAUGGCGAGCCUGUCGACUUUUUCCACGAGCCCCUGACGGUUGUUACUCUUGGCACCGGCGCCAGUCUGCCUUCGUUGCGCCGAAACGUGUCCGCAACGCUGGUCUUUGUUGGAAAUGACGGCUCUGCAGCGCCAACCGGCGGGCUUUUGCUGGACUGCGGCGAGAGCACCGUGAGCCAGUUGUGGUACCACUUUGGUGAAGACACUACGCGCGUGCUGAGCAUGAUUGAAUGCAUUGCCAUUUCACACAUGCAUGCCGAUCACCAUCUUGGAUUGAUUGGUGUGCUUCGCGCACGACACGAUGCAUGGCUUGCCAUCCACGGCGGCGCAUCCCAACCGCCUCCGCUCAUUGUGAUUGCACCAUCCGCACUCGAUCAGUGGCUUGUCGAGUACUCUUCGUGGGUGCAACCAAUAUCCUACACGUUUGUUCACAACCGAUCGUUGGGUGGCGGAAUCCGCCUCCCACUCAACGCAACCAAAGGUUUGCGCUCGCGAGCGCACUCACAGGAGCAGGGACCCGAGCUUUCUGCCUCAACUCCAAGCUCCCUCGAGGCGUCGAUGCAGGUGGAUGAUGUACCGGGGGAUGCGACACGCAAGCCUCGUGUGCGCUCGUUGAAACGAGAAAAUCCCGUCGACAUUUCGACCCGUGAGUCGGAUGCGGAUGUGUUGGCAGUGGACGAUCGCCCUCUGAUUGCCUCGGCACAGGAUAUUGUUUUGCAUGGGCUUCCCGAUGCUUCGUCUGUUCUUCGUCAGCGCUUGGGCAUUGACUAUAUUGUGAAUGUGCCCGUGCUGCACUGCGAGGAUGCGCAUGGGUUCGUUUUCGCUCAUGCCAGUGGCUGGAAGAUGACGUACUCGGGCGAUACGCGGCCCUGCCAACGAUUGGCAAACGUUGGACACGGCUCGACCCUUUGCAUCCAUGAAGCGACAUUCAACGACGAUCUUCAAGGCGAGGCGAUUGGCAAAAACCACACCACAGUUGGCGAAGCCGUCGCUGUCGGCAACGCCAUGGCUGCAGAAUUCACCCUUCUCACUCACGUCAGUCAACGGCAUCCAAAGGCCAUCAGCACGCCCGUGGCGCUUGAAAGCACAAGCGCGAUGGUUACUGACGACAGCAGCUCGUUCCAGGCCACGCAGGCAGGAUUUGCGUUCGAUCUGAUGCGUCUUCGUCGGCCAGACUUUGACAAGCUGCCCGUCAUUGCCGAAGUGGUGAAUGUACUGCUGGGAGGUGAUGAUUCGGGCGAGACGGCCGAGACUGACUUGCCGACCGCCGAUGCUGCUGCUCCUUCCAAGUCAGUGACCAAGGCGGCAACGAAAGCGACAUCUCGGUCUAAGAGAAUUAGUCCCGAUGAUGCGUGAUUCAAGGAGGCGCCCACUCUCCAAGCUACUGCACUCGCGUAUUAAGAAAUAAAAAAACUCCAAAUUAUUACAGAG